UACAACAAGAACACACAAGCUAGAAAAGAAAGUCUUUGCGUUCCUACGUGCUAGAAUUCACAGGUACACAGUACGCUUUGUGAUUUUCGUCAAAUUAUUCCUGCGAGAAUUUUACUGUUGUUUUGUCGAUCUGAUGUAAGAGUGGUGAGCUGAGAUAUGGACAUUGAAGAUGGUGGCGCCCAGCCGGCAGAAGGCGGCGAGCUGGGCGAUGGCAACAGCCGGCAGAAGGGCGUCGACGGCGUCGAGCUAGGUGACGGCCGUCGGCGCGAGAACGGUACUGCCGCCGGCGCCGGCGCCGCCGCCGCCGGCGGCGGUCGCGGUCACGCGCCGGGCUUCGCCGCGAACAAGAACGACACGCUGCUGGUGGUGGCGACGCUGAUCACGGCGCUGACGUACCAGCUCGGGACGAACGUCCCCGGCGGGUACUGGCAAGACGACGCCGCCGACGGGAGCCACCUCGCCGGCGAACCCAUCAUGCGCGACAAGAACCGGCGGCGGUACUGGCUGUUCAUGGCGGCGAGCUGGGCCGGGUUCGGCAGCUCGAUGCUGCUCACGCUGGGCCUGCUCACCGGCGUGCCGUCGCGGUCGCGCGCCGUGCAGUGGCCGUUCCUGGUGGCCUACUCCAGCCUCGUGCUCACCUUCAUCACGUCGCAGCCGCGGACGCCGCUCGCCAUGGACGUGCUGCUCUGGGCCGCCGUCAUGGCCGUCCUCACCGUCGGCAUCAAGUACCGCCGCCUCGACAGGCUCCGCUUCUGGUUCUGCGCACCUGCUCCCAAUCCCCAGGACCACGACAUGGACGGCCGCCGGCAGGUCGCAGCAUGUGCGCUUCAACUUGCCAAAUGA